AUGCAAAUUGUCGGAGAACCAAUACAGCAGUAUGGAAAUCGGAGCCACCAGGCGGAGUGUAUUCCCCUCGGAAGAUAUCCAGCAUACGGAUCGGAAAUCGAUGAUCCCGAGGAUCGGGACAAGGGCGUGGCAUUCUGCAACGCCAGCAUCCGGCGGGGAUUCAUCCGGAAGGUGUACCUCAUUCUACUGGCCCAACUAAUAACCUCACUGGUGGUGAUUGCGGUUCUCAAUUACAACGAGGCGGUUCGACUGGAGAUGGCUAACAACGUCUGGUUUUUUCUGGGUGCCCUGUUUAUCGGGAUUGGUGCUUUGGUUAUUCUCACCUGCAAUGAAGACCUCCGCCGAAAGACGCCUGGGAACUAUAUCAUCCUGGCGGUCUUUACCUUAGCCGAAUCGCUUUUGCUGGCCGUGGCAUCCUGCCGAUAUGCUCCGAAGGAGAUUUUCCUGGCUGUUCUUAUAACGACGGCCGUUUGCCUGGGACUGACCCUGUUUGCCCUGCAGACGCGUUACGACUUCACCAUGAUGGGUGGCAUCCUGAUGAGCUGCCUCAUAAUCCUGCUGCUCUUCGGGAUCAUAACCAUCUUCGUGGGCCAAGGUCUGGUCACCACCAUUUACUCCUCCCUGAGUGCUCUCCUCUUUUCGGUUUACCUAGUUUACGACACACAACUGAUGAUGGGCGGCAAGCAUAGGUACGCCAUCAGUCCCGAGGAAUACAUAUUCGCUUCACUCAAUCUCUACAUGGAUGUGAUCAACGUAUUCAUGGACAUUUUGCAAGUUCUGGGAGGAUCCGAUUGAAAGGGGAAGGUCCACACAAAUCCCAAAUAGACGGCAUAAUUUCCGGCAUUUAUCGGAUUAUUCACUCCACUGACCCGCAUGUCGAAAAUUAAUAAAUCAAAUUGUGCAGCAUCAA